AUGGCGGUUUUAUGGGGCUUGAUUCUUCUUCUCGGCUUAUCGGCCUUCGGUGUUCGAGUUCACAGCCAACCCGAUAGUCUUGGUUUCAUCAGCAUCGAUUGCGGCAUCCCGGAAAACUCGAAGUACGUCGACGCCGUCACGACGCUGACGUACACCUCCGACAACCAAUUCAUCGACACCGGCACGAACCGCAACAUCUCGGCCGGGUACGUAACCCCGUCGCUCGCGAGGCGCUACCUCACCGUCCGGAGCUUUACGACUGGCCGGCGGAACUGCUACACCAUGAACUCCCUGAUGGCAGGGCAGAAAUAUCUCGUGCGCGCGAUGUUCCUGUACGCGAACUACGACGGACUGAAUAAGCCCCCAGUAUUCGACGUCCACGUCGGCGUGAACUUUCUGCAGACGAUCAAUAUCUCCGACGCGGGGUCCCCGGAGGUUGCGGAGGUUAUUAUGGUCGUGCCGGCGAGUUACCUGCAGGUGUGUCUGGUAGACACUGGAGAGGGGACGCCGUUCAUAUCCAGCUUGGAAGUUAGGCCGUUAAAGGCGGUUCUGUACCCCGCCGUGAACGGCACGCAGGCGCUUGUCCUUUAUCGGCGAAUUAAUGUGGGCCCUACCGACACGACACGGAUAAGGUACCCGAACGACACGCACGACCGGAUAUGGGUGCCGGGGAGCAACUUCCCCGACUGGUCGGAGAUCUUCACGCCGCUCCCCGUCCGCAGCCUCGCCGGCGACCGCUUCGAGGCGCCCUCCGCCGUCCUGCAGUCCGCCGCCGUCCCCGCCGGCGCCGCCACGAAGCUCGAGUUCUUCUGGUCGUCGGCCGCCGACCCCGACGACCCCGACAACAACGCCGCCUACGUCGCCGUCCUGCACUUCGCCGAGAUCCAGGCCCUCCCCCCGCGCGCCGCCCGCGAGUUCAACAUCUACCUCAACGGCGAGCUCUGGUACGGGCCCUUCUCCCCCGCGUACCUCUCCUCCGACUACGUCUACAGCGCCAACCCCAGCUCGGGGUACCCGCACUACAACUUCACCAUCGUCGCCACGGCCGCGUCGAAGCUCCCGCCGAUCCUCAACGCGCUCGAGGUGCUCCAGGUGCUGCAGAUGCCCGGCCUCGCCACGGACGGCGACGACGUUACUGCCAUCGCGGCAAUCAAGACGCAGUAUCAGGUGAAGAGAUACUGGAUGGGCGAUCCGUGCGCUCCCAAAGCUUACUCAUGGGACGGGUUGAGUUGUAGUUAUUCUCCCUCUAAUCCUCCAAGGAUUACGGCUCUAAACCUAUCAUCCGGCGGAUUGACGGGCAACGUAACGACUUCUUUUGCCAAGCUUACAACUCUCCAAUCCUUGGAUUUGUCGCACAAUAACUUAACAGGAUUGGUUCCUGAUGUUCUAGCACAAUUGCCAUUACUAACUUUUCUGGAUUUGACAGGCAACCAACUCAACGGAUCAAUUCCUGCUAAUCUCCUUAAGAAAUCGCAAGAUGGGUCACUUACAUUAAGAUUUGGAGAAAAUGUAAAUAUCUGUGCCGAUGGGAGUUCGUGUGCACAUGUCUGUGCCAACGAGACUUUAUGUGGGCCGCUGCUGUCUCCACUGCCGCCGCCAAUCAAGAAGAGUUCCAUAGCCCCUGUAAUUGUCAUUAUUCCGAUAGUUGUAGUGGUGCUACUUGUAGUUGUUAUACUUGUUCUGUGCAGAAUGAGAAAACGACCUGGCUUACAUACAAAUCCCUCUACUGUGAGGCCACAGCAUGAAAGUUACUCAAGAGAAGUAAGAGAUCAAGAAAACAGUUCAUUGCAGCUAGAGAAUAGACAAUUCACGUACAAUGAAUUAGAACUUCUAACAAACAACUUUUCACGUGAACUUGGCAAAGGAGGAUUUGGAAGUGUCUAUGAGGGCAUCCUGGAGAAUGGUACUCCAGUUGCAGUCAAGAUGCGUUCUCACUCAUCUAAACAAGGGGUUAAAGAGUUCCUGGCCGAGGCCCAGCACCUGACAAGGGUGCAUCACAAGAACUUGGUCUCCAUGAUUGGAUACUGCAAGGAUGGAGAUUACUUGGCACUCGUCUACGAGUUUAUGUCUGAAGGAACCCUAGAAAAACAUCUGAAAGGCAAAGCGUAUACUCGACCUUUGACUUGGAAACAACGGCUCCGAAUUUCACUUGAAGCUGCACAAGGGCUAGAGUAUCUGCACAAGGGAUGCAAACCACCGCUUAUUCACAGAGACGUGAAGACCAACAACAUCCUCUUGAAUGCGAAUCUUGAGGCGAAGGUUGCUGAUUUUGGACUGUCCAAGCCUUUCAACAGUGAUGCCCAUACCCAUGUAUCUACAGCAGUGGUGGGUACACCGGGAUAUGUUGAUCCAGAGUAUUAUACCACCUCGCAGCUCAGCGAGAAGAGCGACGUGUAUAGCUUUGGAAUUGUCCUCCUGGAGGUGAUUACAGGACAACCUGCCAUAUUGCCCGCCCCGGAGAAUGCUCACAUUGUCCAAUGGGUCCGGCAGAGGCUUUCGAGAGGAAACAUCGAGAGUGUAGCCGAUCCAAGGAUGAGAGGAGAGUACGAUAUAAAUUGUGUUUGGAAAGCUGCUGAUCUUGCUUUGAAAUGUACUGAACAAUCCUCCAUUCAGAGACCAACCAUGACCGACACCGUGAUGCAGUUAAAGGAAUGCAUGGAACUCGAGGAAGCGGGCGAAAGAAGCAAUAACUAUUAUUCGGGGAAUAGUAACACGUAUUCGAGGGGAGACAACUUACACACAGAGACCGGCGAUAGCCAGAAUAGUGCAUUCGAGUUGGAAUACAUGCCGAUGAUGCCGGCAGGAACUGGUCCGGCUGCAAGAUGAGAUCGACUAAGAAUGAGUAUUCAUGUUUGGACUUGAUCCGGUUCUGAGUGUGCUAAAAUUUUACAAGUGUAGAUGACUUGAAUAGUAAUUUGUGAAGUAUGAUUAUGAUAAGAUUAUUCUUUCGCCAUUUAUCAUGCUUUCUUGUUGAUUGCACUGAACGAGGAUAUUAUAGUGAGGCUUAGGAGCCGUCUGCUUGGUUGGAUGCAGUUAUAAAUACAAUAAUUCGAGGUAUAUAUAACUAGGCAUGAACCACCUAUACACCUCGUUGGGUUGUACGUAGCUGUAUCUUUUUAUUUGCUUGUGUGCAGCUGGAAGAUGUACUUGCGAAUCUUAUCAUUUCAUUUAUGAGAUGGUAUUGUAGAAUUACUUUGUUCA